UUUGUUCCUAAUGGCGCCUCCACUGCGACCCCACCUUUGAGCUGGAGGAGAUGAUCCUGGAGUCGCGUCCCCUUCACAAGAAGAAGAAAAGGCUGGCAAAGAACAGAUCUCGAGAUAAUAGCAAGGAUUCUCAGUCUGAGAAUGACUACCUACAGGAGUGCCUUGAAGUGGUGCAGCAGGAGUUCAUGAUCUUCAACCGAGAGAAGUUGAAAAGGCGUCAGGAGGAGGGUCCGCCCGAGGCCGGGGGGGAUGAUGCCAGUGGAGACGGGGACGGGGACGGGGAGGCUGAGGGCGGGGCCACCGACGAGGAUGCAGCCGAGCCAGAGCCGGAGCCCGAGCCGGAGCCCGAGACCUCCUCCAAACGGAGCAUGUGCGGCUCGGUGUGCUCCUCCCCUGGCAGCUGCUAGCCCUUCAGCGCCUCAGAGACCCUCGCAGGCUUUGCCAGCUGCAGUGUCUGUGCCAUGCCAAUAGAAACAUUUUCACCUCUCUCUGUUGUAGCCAGGAGCGGAGGGGCCGCACAGCAGGACCCCCAAUUUUCCCUCCUUUUUCCCCCUGUAGCAUCCUUCAGGUAGGGCAUGAAUGAAGCAGAUUUCCAGAGAGUCCCCGUCUCCUGCACCCAUACGCCCUAGAGUAAGCUCUAACUUCUAUGCAAUCUUACAGUAUAGCAUGACAAAUAAAGUAUCACUUACUAGGAGGAGUUGUUCACAAGCAGGAAGCUCCACGAGCAUGAUGACAUCCCGAGAAAUAGCCGUCCACGCUCUUUGGGCCAUUGUGGUUUAGGGUGAGGACGCCUCCCCUCUCAGCCUUCCUGUUCAAAAUCUGAUGGGGGCGACUGAAUUAUUCAGCACACGCAGCCAGCCACUCAGUUUAGGCUAUUGCCUGAGUCUUCAGUUCACUUCCUCUCCCCCAGUCUCUUUCAUGUAAUGUGUGCCCCAAUUCAGAACGCUGGUUUCUCCUGGAGCAACUUCUCCGAGACACAUGUACAGUAAGUGGCUGUGUUCAGACAGGCCAAGAAAUUGCGGCUGGUUUCAUGUCGUAAACCCGUUUCAAGUUGUGCCUGUCGAUGAUAAUCAGUAUUCGUUAAUCUCAUCGUAGCCAUGGGUGCAUUAAAGGUCAGAAUGUUAGUUUGAUUUUCCUCUCUAAUGGCGCUUUUCCACUGCAGCACGUAGCACGUUUUUUUUUGCUUUUCCACUAGGGGUAGUUCC